AAAAGAGAGAAAGAAGAACGGUGCGUCGUUUGCCUUUGGAAUACAGUUUCUCGCAUCCUCUUCCUUUUUUCCCAGUCUCCAUCCAAAAACCGUCUGCAUCCUGUUCUUCUUUGGAUCCUGUGUCUUUGUGCACAGUGCUCCCUAAACAAACUAGCCAAGACCCACAAAAAAUUGAAGCUGAAUCAAAAUCUGGGGGAUUUUACUUUCCUAAAUCAGGUGGAGUUGAACGUCUUCAAGCUUGAAAUUACCAUCUUCAAUCGAUUCUCUUCUUUUUAUUGGGUUUCGUCUUAAGCUGCUGAAAGGUGGUUCUUUUUAUAAGAAGAUUCGAUUUUGCAAGCAUCUAUAACUGAACUGUUCCUCUCUGUUAGAUCCAAGUCAUACCAUUGGAAUCAGACAAAAUCUUGUUGAAUCAACAUAAUCAAGCUUUUAGGAAUUGGGAGCAUUGGAGAAGAAUACAGGGAAUCAAGGGCCAACAAAUGAACAUCAUGUGAGCCAGUCUGCCCAACCCCAUGUGGAAGAAGAGUCGAUUAAAGUUUCACACAAUCACAUCCAUGGUGAAUGUUUUAUUGUAUGUAUGCUUAUUAUUACCAUUGCCUCUUGGUGCAUUCUCCUUUCACACUCUCCCUUCUGAUCCAUGUGACCCUGCAAAUGAGCCUGGCCGACGAAACCUCCGGGCAGAUCAAAUCACUGUCCUUAUUAAUGGUUAUUCUGAGUCUCGCAUCCCUCUCCUUCAGACAAUUGCUGCCACAUACUCUGCGUCCCCACUAGUGUCCUCUGUGCUUGUCCUCUGGGGAAACCCUUCCACUUCUUCACAAACACUGGCCCACUUGGCCCAUAAUCUCUCUAUCUCCUCAUUUGGCCAAGCAACCAUCUCCCUUGUCCGCCAACGUUCAAGCAGCCUCAAUGAUCGAUUCCUGCCAAGAUCAUCCAUCGAGACACAAGCUGUCUUGAUUUGUGAUGAUGAUGUGGAGGUUGAUCAUAAAUCUUUUCAUUUUGCUUUUCGGAUUUGGAGAUCGAAUCCUGAUAAUCUGAUUGGGUUCUUUGUUAGAUCUCAUGACCUUGAUUUGUCAUCAAGGAAAUGGAUUUACACAGUGCAUCCUGAUAAAUACUCAAUUGUGCUCACCAAGUUCAUGAUUUUGAAAAGCCAGAAUCUGUUUGAGUAUAGUUGCAAGGGUGGAUCCAACAUGAGUGAAAUGAGGAAGACUGUUGAUCGAAUGCAGAACUGUGAAGAUAUACUGAUGAACUUUGUGGUGGCUGACCAGGCAAACAAAGGGCCUAUAUUGGUGGGGGCAGAGAGGGUUAGGGAUUGGGGAGAUGCUCGUAACGAUGAAAAUGACGACGGAAGGUUGGAAUCGGAGAACGGGGCACGGAAGAGUGUAAAAGCUGUGGGGUUGAGUAGUCGGAGAGGGGAGCAUAGGAAGAGGAGAGGGGAAUGCAUUAGGGAAUUUCACAAGUUAUUAGGAAGGAUGCCAUUGAGGUAUAGUUAUGGCAAGGUAGUUAAUUCCGUCGGCGAACAAGGAUUAUGCAUGAAAAGAGGCAAGUUAGUCUUUUGUGAUCAAUACCAGUGAAAAUCUUAAAAAUGUUCACUGAUCGCACCGAGUAUUACCUUGUAAAAAUACCAGUGACUAAUUACAGGUAUUACCCAAUCGCACCGGAUCGGCCUACUAAAAGAUAAUGCGAGUAUUUGCUUCAUUUGAUAAUCAAACCUUCGACCUUACUAAUGAGUGAAGACCGAACACUCAUUCUAACACUCAUUGGUAAUAUUCAUAGCUACUUGCUGGAAAAUGUAUAGAUACAGCUUGCAUUUGAUGCAUAUGCAUUUUCACUUGUUCUUGCUGAAAAAUGACAAAA